UGGUUCUCUUGUAUUAGCAACGUACACAGUGGAAAUACGAAGUUGUUCCGUAUGCGGAAUAUAUACGGCUGCUCAUCGUAAUUGUGGACUGUGCCACUGGAGUCCUGGUCUGUGGACACCAAUUGAAGGACAUUUAUACUGAUCUUCCACAGGCUCUGAGGCAGCCCUCACACUUUCUCAAUCAUCCCAUCAUCCUCUGAGUACUCUCGAUCUGAACCCAUGGCACCCCGUUCUUCCAAGAAGUUGAAAUUUAACAAGAAACAAUAUUUUACCCCCGACGGCUCACGCCGCGGAUGGACUUGCAACAUUUGCAUCUCAAGGCGCCCCAAUCAAUUCCAUUUCACGACUAUGCAAGCCGCAGUUCGACACGAGAAUACAUCUCAUGAACACGCGCAACACAUUUCUGAAGUAGAGUGGUGGCAACCACGGGACGAUGACGGCUGGGGAACCCUCGAACAGCCUCCGCUAACUUCCGAUGGCCUACGCACAUGGGAGAUGCAGACGCACGUGGAUCAUGUGUAUGAUCUAGUGCCGUUCUGGAUCCGUGGGGUGGAUGCUGCUGAGAGGGGUGACUCGGAGGUGCUAAGGAUGGAGGAAUUCCUGCAGAUGAUGGAGGAGAAUGGCGGAUGGCGGACCUCUGAUGAGGUUUGGGGGAUGUUGGGAGCUUUGAGGAAGCCGAAUCAUGAAAAGGGGAGCGAUGGAUGGGGGCGUAAAGAUGAUGUGUCUGUUCCCAAGGCUGCCACCGGUACGGACUUGACAUUGGGCCACCAGGAUAAAGGCUGGGGCGUUACGGAGGAAUGGGCAGCCCCCCCUACCAAUACUAGUAGCUCUUCUUCCAACCAGGAUAAAGGCUGGGGCAUUACACAGGAAUGGGCAGUCCCCCCUACCAAUACUAGUCACUAUUCUUCCCACCAGAGACGAGAUCUCGGCGGUACGCAUCCUUUUGUAGAUGACAUCGCUCUUCAGGAAGCGGCAGAUGAAGAUAGGCGCCGAAGGAUGAACCACUUUUUUGAAAUGCCGACGGAACAGAAGGUGUUGAAGAUUCAGGAGAUGAUCCGUUACCUUCGCGCCCAUCCUGCCUAGCAGUCACUGCCUUAAUGCGCUGUUUCUCGUUGUUGUUAACAUGCCCUCGUCGUUCGCCGACUCGUUGAUGUGAAGUCUUCGUAAGUGACAAGUCAGCCUUCAGGGGCGACUUGUCAAGUUGAAGCUGAAGGAUAGGGAGCGAGCUCUUUGACCCUUGCUCGGGGCGAAGUCAAGUUGUCAAACCAAGGGCUACCAGUGGUACAUAAAACAAU